UCAAUUUAAAAAUUUGACUAAACCUCAUGCGCCUUUUUUUUACUUAACACCGACCGGCUAUUUUCUAUUUUUUCGCAAAACCAUAGUAUUUGCAAACUUAUGACCAUUUUCUAGUCAAACAUUGGUCGCAAACAAGUCGAACUGAAUAACAAGCAAACUAAUUAUAAGAAAUGUUGAGGUCCAUUUCUGUCGCACGAAAUCUUCGUAAUCUUAGCUUAUUACAUCAUAAUUUACGAAAUGUCGAAAUUAAUCGUGCCACAGUGGUCAAUUAUUCCGGGAUUCGUUGUCAUCCAAGCGUGGAGAGAAACGAUGUGUCAUUAUCUUUCAGCCGAGCAAUUCAUUUCACAACGACGAGGUUUUAUGAUUCCCAUGAAGACAUUGACAAGUCCCUACUCCGACUAGAUCAAGAGAUUCGAAGAACGGGGAGAGUCGCUCGGCAAGAAAUUGACGAGCUCCUUCAAGAUAUUCGUGACACGAAGAAAGCCACCAGCAACCAGAGUCUGAUGAUGAUUCGAUGUUGUGGUGAACUUGUUCCGUCCGAGACGGCAGAAAAUAGGACAAAACUUGUGAAUGAGGUUUGGAAGACGAUGCAGAAUUUGAAUGUCCCCUUCGACAUCAGCCAUUACAACGCUUUGCUUCGAGUGUAUCUCGAAAACGAGGAAAAGUUCAACCCGACUGAAUUCCUGCAAGAAUUGAGUUCCAAGGGUCUCGAGCCGAACAGGGUCACGUAUCAACGCCUCAUUGCCCGCUACUGUCAAGAGGGGGACAUCGAGGGGGCGACCACGAUCCUCCAACACAUGAAGGAUAAACAACUCCCCAUCAAUGAACACGCGUUUAACUCGCUCGUCGAAGGUCAUGCUAAAGCUGGUGACAUGGAAAGCGCGGAGGGAAUGAUUCCAGUCAUGCGACAAGCCGGUUUAGAACCAAACGACGAUACUUUUGUCACCCUGAUGUGCGGCUAUGCAAGAAAGGGAGACAUGGACAAUGUGAACAGAAUUGUGCGGGAAUGCGGAGAAGGUGACGUCAUUCUGAUCGACAAAGAUUUCAUGAGCGUGAUUUACACCUUGGUUGCCAAUGGCCACGAACAUUUGGUAGACUCGGUCAUUCCACUGCUCACAAAACGUACGGGAUUCAACCAGGAUGCGACCAACUUGGUGUUAAGGUUGGUCAGUAUUGGAAAGUUGGACAUCGCUUACAGGAUGCUGAAGGAAAUGUCGAAAGUAGUUUGGAACGAGGAAGUCCAACCUUCCGGAAACUUUUUUCUGCAACAACUCGUCAGAACUUCGCCAUCUGAAGAAAUCGUCAAGUUUUCCAAACUUAUGAUGGAGGAAGGAGUGCAUAGCCACGCGCUAUCCAAGGCGUGUGAUAUUGCCCUUCAAGCCAAGGAAUUCGAUAAAGCGUUUGACCUCUUGGAAGCCUACAAGGAGUCUGGAGCGCCAAUCCGACAGCACUUUUUCUGGCCUGUCUUUGCAGGGAGCAAAUCCGAGAAAAAUGUGUAUAACGGGUUGAAAAGCAUGAAAUAUCUUGAAGUUCCACCCAGUAUGGAAACCCUGAGGGACUACGUUAUCCCGGCGAUAUUCAGGGUAUCAAAGGGGUCGCCGGACCAAAUAUUGGAGAGACUGGGUUCCCACACUGGAAUUCCGCUCGUUGUUUUAGUCCCCGCCGUCAUGCAAUCUUUGCUGUCGGCAAAAAAUGUCGAACCAGCAAUUCAGUUUGCUCAAAAAUAUCGGUUGAGAUUCUCCAACCCGCAACUCCGUAGGGCUGUUGCUGACGUCUACUUCCGAGACAGAAAUGAGAAGACAUUUGUACAAAUUAUUGGAACAGCAAGUUUGGACGGUGAAGACAGAGCUCGGGAAGCCGUUGGACUCAUGGUCAUGGACAUCUUAGAACGUUGCAGAGACAAGGCGGAAUUCAUUUUACCUAUAUUCAAAGAACUAUUAAAAUGCGGAAUCGGGCUGUCGAAUAGCGGGGCGGAGCUAAUUCAAAACAAUCUGGGAGACGAGCUGACACCAGAACUUGCAAACGUCAUUACACAGCUCACCUCGUCCGACCUGUCGCCCAAACUCGAAAUGUAUGCACCGACGAGGAACCAGCCCCAACAAUUAGAGGAGAAGUCAGUAGCGGAGCUAGAAAAAAUGCACGAAGAAGCGCUGAAAAAUGGGAAACCUACCCGGGGUCUUAAAAAGGCAUUGUUGUUUGCAUACUGCAGAAAAAGGGACUUGGACAAGGCUCAAUCAUUGCGGCAGGAACUCGCGGCGGAUGGUUUCAUAUUUCCGGUGGGACUUCAGGCACUCCUGCUAGACCUCUAUUCUAAUUCAAACAUGAUUGAGGAGGCUAGAGCCAUGUACACUACUCUUAAAGCGUCUCUAGAUUCUCCAGUAGACGAUAUAAAAAUACUGCACUAUGCAGGCCUAUUGGCUUCCAAUGAUCUCAUCGACGAGUGUGUCAAUGUCCUUGAAACAACUCCUCGAGACGAAAGUAGGAAACCAUCCGGCGGACAUCAGCAAAUAGCUGCCUGGAAGAUUCUCAACUCUUGCGCAGAGAAAGGCCAAGUUGAAAACACAUCCAAACUCUUCCAAGUUUUACAAGCCCGAAAUUUAAUGCAUGUCAAUAACGUAACACUGGGUCCGCUUGUUAAAAGUUACAUUGUGAAGGAUGACAUGGAGGGAGCGUUGACAGAGUUUGAACGCUGUGUCCGUGACCAUCACGCAACGCCAUGGAAGCAAGACCUAUUUUGCAAGUUUAUUAACGCAGAGGACACAGAUCGCCUCCAGAAAAUAAUUGACCUUAGUACUAGCCUCCACGGCGAGGUGAACACAAUGUACGACUUGGUUUUCGCAUUCAUUCAGUGUGGAAAAUUGCGACAGGCCAAAAAAAUUUUAGAGACACCUGGACUUCGCUCACGAAAUGACAAAAUUGAACUGACCUGUCAGAAAUAUUUAGAAGAAAACCGUAUCGGAGAAUUGGAGAAUUUAAUUAAGAUUACCACCGAUCUCGUUCAUCUGGAUAGACACACAAUGUACUUCUAUUUACUCCAAGCCUACUGCAAAGCCAAUGAUGCCGACAAAGCACUCAGCGUAUGGACAUCACUUCAAGAGGAGAAUAUUCAACCCACGACGGAACUGCUGUCAUUUUUGGCCGAUUUUUUACGAAAGAAUAACCUGCCUAUUCCGUUCGCACCUCCCGCCCAGGAUGAAGAGGAUGUUCCAUUGACGGAAAGUAGCAGGAGGUUUAUUAGCGGUCGUGGUAAAAAAUCGGAGCUGGGGGAUGAAGCCACCCUGCCCCGGACUACUAAUCCGUUAGUCAAAAAGUUUCGCCAAAGCAUAGAGAUCAAUGAUAUUGACGUGGCCUUGCAGAUGAAGCAAAGACUUGACGGAUCAGAUUCUUCAGAGAAACUUGGGCUACAAGACUUAAGCCUCCUGGUAGAAAAAAUGGCUCGAGCUGAACGACUCGGUGAAGCUACAAAGCUGACUGAAGAAAUGUUCGACCGAGGACAACAUCCGUAUCCUAGGGUUCUUCGCUUUUUGCUGGGGCGCCUAGCAAGUGCUGGUGAGGCUGACGUCCUAGACCGACUCGAAAAGAAACUCACACCAGAGCUGAAGCGACAAUCCAUGUUCAAUACGCGUCUAUGCGUUGCUUACACUAAUGCUGGUAAAGGACGAGAGUAUUUUCAGGAGCAUAUAAAAAAGACGGUGGAUGGCCUUCAGUUGUCGGGUGGGGACGAUAGUUCACAGUCAGUUCCCUUGGCUGGUGCCACCUACGUUUUAAUUCGACAUGAAGACCUAUUGUCAGAAUAUGAGCAGUGUGCGAAACAGGCGGAAGAAAAGGAGAACUAUGUCCUGACUAACUCCUUGUGGAACUACCACUUAAUCAAGAAAGAUUUUGAAAAGGCCAAGGAAGUGUGGAAUGGAAAGUUGAAAUCCCAGCCACGUGUAAUGUUUCGCUCAGUUAUGGUCGAAGCGAAGGUCAAACAGGACUUGGACAUUGCAAAUGAGCUAGCAUCACACAUUGGACAAGCUACUGGCGAUAUGUCGUCAGCGACCAGGGCAGCGGCUUCCGGCUGUCUGCUAGAUGUUUUAUGUAUGAAAGGAAUGGCGAAUGAAGCAUUUGCACAUUUGGAGAAGAGUUUGAAGCAGGGGCUCUCACUGACUGAAUAUCAUCGCGAGACUUUGCUUGCUGUGCAGCUGGAAAUGCAGAAAGUCAAUAAGAAAUUCCCUUACGAAAUCCCACCCCCACGUCAACCUAGAGGACGACGGCAACCAGUAGAAGCAUCGGACAGCGACAGUGAUUAGAUUUAAAAUUGAGUAGUGCAGUCGUUAGUUUAAUAAUUAGCACUUCCUUACAUACAAGAAGUUUCCACAUUACUGUUUUAAAAGUUUUAAUAAAUAAUUUAUAUUACAUACCA